GCGGGGGUUGCGUAGUGUGUCGGCCGGUCGCCGUGGAAACGGGCCGAUGAGUACUCUUCUGUCGUGGCGGCCGAUGGAGCCUCGCCUGGUGGGGCCUGGGCCCUACCGCGCCACCCGGCUGGUAAGUGAACGGCGGCUCAGCGGAGGCCGCGCUUCUUUGCCCGGGGCUCCGGCUUCCCUUUGCUCCCGCGAGCGUGAGCGAGAAACGCACUUUGCACAUGCUCAGGGGCGCAUUCAUCUUCAUAUUGCCGCUCCUCCAGGGCUGAGCCUAUCUCAGACGAAGCCUCGCACGAAUGCAUCCCUGGAAGUUUGGGGACAAGAGUAAUGGGGCUACCAGGUAGCUAGAACUCUAGCCAUCCUGUUCUUCGGCGACCAGUCCCCACAAUGGACGUGGGGAUUCAGGCGCGCUGUGCCACUUACGCAGGAGUUGCCCUUCUAGAAGGACCACAGAGGCAGCUGGCAGCAUUUCCUGUUUUCCAGCAUUAAUCUAGGAAGAUGCUCUAUGUCAGUCCAUGUCAGACCUUCUGGGCCAGCAGUGCUGCUUUUGAUUGUUAGUAGCUCUUCUGGGUCUCGGGUAGAAGGUCCUUCCUAUCAAUGACUAGGUGAUCCUUAGCAGAUGAAGCCAGAAGUUAAACCCAGAAUCUCCUGCAAGCAAAGCACUGAACGAUGGGUCCUCCAGUCUUUGUACAUUUGAAGUUUCUCUUCUCCCAGACUUCUACUGAUUUAUGACUUUAUUUAUUAAAUUUGCAUACUGCCCUUUAUCUGAAGAUCUCAGGGCAGCUCACAGCAUAAAAAUAUAAAAUAAAAACACAAAAUACAUAAUAAGAACAAAACAAACCAAUACUGCCUGCCCCAAACACAUUUAAAAGGGCAUAGAAUAUUAAUCUGUCAAAGGCCUGUUUGAAGAGGAACCUUUUCACCUGGCACCUAAAGGCAUAGAAUGAAAGUGCCAUGUGAACCUCCCUGAGGAGAGCAUUCCAGAAACUUGCAGAAGCAGCUUUUUUUAGCCAACCUACUUGCCCCAUUCAGAGAUUGGUUCCAGGAUACCACUAUUUUUGAGUGGGAUGUCAUCACAUACUGAUAAAUUCAGGUUGCACAAUUUUCGUGAUAAAGCAAGUGAUGGGAAAAUGUCGUGGAAACUCUGGGAUAACACUUGCUUUGAUGCAACCAUUUAAUCUCCCUGCAAACAAACAAAGAUGCAUGCUCAAUAAGCAGGUCAUGCGGAAGUGCCAAAAUUCUCCAGUUUAUCUGCUGUUCCCCUGGGCCAGACCAGUGAAGCCUCAGUGGAAAAGACCCUCUUCUUUGCAUGCCAGGAUUUUGAAAUCAAAAGCUGGCCUGUGGGCAAAGGUUCUCUUUGCUUUAUUAUGUCUCCAUCACAACGGAGUUACAUUCUCUGCAUAACCAUACCUUCCAUCAAGGCAGUAGAUGGUUGGCACAACACAUUAAAGAGGUGACACAAUUUUGCAGACUUCAGGAAAGAAGCACACAGCCACUUUCCCCCUGCUUGGUACGUUUUGCUGCUGUGCUGUGCUGAGCCAAGUCUUCUCUUGGCUUCAGCUUGUGUUUAGUGGCCUGGUGCAUUGUGCGAACCAGGCCGUGGUCUACACAGGUGAGUUUUAUCUUCUGCCUCUACCACCACCAACCCUACACAAAUUCAGUGUGGAGUACCUAAGUCGGUUGGAUGGCACCUUGUACACCUUCCAGCAAUUCCUGCAGCCAAGCUAGUACCAAAUGUAUUGCUCUGCUUGAAGGUGUAUUGAAAAAUAGGACUUUCGAGCCAUCUGGCACCAAAAUGGCAACUAGUCAUUCAGUUUUGGUGACUGUAAUACUGUUUUAAGGAGCUUUUUGCCACCUAGAUUACGUAUAUGAGUUUCUAACAUUGCUGCCCACUACACACAUACACAUAUCAGUGUAUUUCAUUUUGUUUCCCUUCUAUCCCCCCACACCUUUAUCUUCUGUUCUUUGGCGAUCACUUGUAGCCGAGUAAGAUUGUCUUCCAUGAACACGAUCUUAACAGUAAGUCAGUAAGUGACUGUGGAGGCCAAUUUUGGAUCCACAUGCCCUUCCACAGUGGGGACAUAGGUUUCCAGGCGGGAGUUGAUCAUGGUGAGGGUUUGCCAAUCGUGCCUUCCUCUUAGCUCAUUUCUCCCUUUCAUCUUUGCUUUCAGCCUACUCAGAUUAAAGAGCUUUCCAUCUGUUCGAUAUAUUAUUUUUACUCCGGUGGGGAGUUUCCUCUGGAAAAAGUGUAGGAUCACGGCAAUGAAAAUGAUAAAUAGAGAUGGGGUGCUAACACAACCUUGUUUAACACCUGAUCCCACUGUGAAUGGUUCACUUUGAGAGCCAUUGUUAUCUGUGAUUGUUGCUGUCAUAUUAUUGUGGAGGAGCUGAAGGAUGUUCACAAAUUUAUCUGGGCAGCCAAUUUUCAGAAGGGCACAGGGCAUUACAAUUUACAGUGUCAAAGGCCCUAGGUCAAUAAACAGCAUUUACAGGGGCUGGUUUUGUUCUCUACAUUUUUCUUGCAGCUGUGAAAUCGUGUUGAUUGUCCCCCUAGAAGGUCGAAAACCAUAUUGGGAUUCAGGAAGGGUAGCCUCGGUUAUUGUUAGAAAACUGCUAAGAUCCUUGCAAAAAUUUUGCCGGCUGCCACUAAUAAAAAGAUGCCUUGAUAGUUUCUGCAACCCGUUCUAUCACCUUUUUAAAACAGAUUGAUAAUUUUGGCAUCCCUAAAGUCUGCUAGGCUCUCCUCUCUCUCCCAGAUUUUUUUGAUGAGCUUGUGAAGUUGUUGUGUAAGUUCAGUUCCCCCUACUUUGAAGACUUCGGCAGGUAUCCCAUCAGGUCCGCUGGCUUUGUUGUUUUUCAUUUGGUUAAUAAUUCUCCCAGAUUUGGAGAUACUACAAUUACAUUGUCUUGUGUCUGGAUAAUUAACAAUCUCUUUGGAGGUUGUUCAGUUGUAUCAGCUUGCAGAGUAUUUUGCACUGAAGUAUAAUUGCUAGUUACUGCCUUUGGGGGUAAUUUCUUGUAGUUUAAGGAGAAAUCCCCCCCAAACCCUUAGCUUUGGGGUAUAAGGAAAUGACUUUUUUGGUAUGUGGAGAAAAACUUGUAGGUCUGGGGGCAAUACUUUUCCUGCUUUAUGAAGCCCUCCACUUCCAAGUAAGUUUUCUUUACCUGCUUCCUUUGACCUUCCCUAGCACUGCCUAUGUCUAAGCAAACAAGCACUAGUUUGGCUUUGGGUAAAUCUUUUUGUAUACUUUAUUGUCUUCUCAGUGGAAUGAGACUAUUGAGCUCUUCCGAGGUGGGAUGCCUUUACGGAAGCACCGCUGUCGCUUCAAAAGCUAUGAGCGCUGCUUCACCGCUUCGGAGGCCGUUGACUGGCUACACAGACUGCUGCAGCACAAUCAAAAUUUCAGCCCAGAAGUGACCCGCACCCAAACAGUUCAGCUCCUCAAAAAGUUCCUGAGAAACCAUGUUAUCGAAGAUAUCAAAGGAAGAUGGGGCAAAGAGGAUUUUGAGGACAAUGGUCACCUAUAUAGGUAAAUAACUGGAUGCUAUUGUUAUUUGGGUUGAAAUAUGAAAGAGGGAGACAGACUUAACUGCAGGAGAUUUUGUAAUCUACAGUCAUACCUCGGGUUACAGAUGCUUCAGGUUGCGUUUUUUCAGGUUACGGAUGCUCCAAAACCCAGAAGUACCAGAACGGGUUACUUCCAGGUUUUGGAGGUCACGCAUGCUCAGAAGACCAAAUCGCAACCCGCGCGUGUGCAGAUGCGCUGCUGCGGGUUGCGAACGCUGCGGGUUGUGAACGUGCAUCCUGCACAGAUCACAUUCGCAACCCGAGCAUCCACUGUAUUGUGGUUUUGCAGCAGCUUCUUGCAACUUUUAUCAAAUUAAACUCUUGUUCUUUUUUUUAAAUUUGGUACAGUACACAUUGUUCACACCUAUAUUUCAAGUUUGGAAACACAUGUUUUCAAGCAGCAAUACAAAAAAAGUAUCCAUGAUAAAUGCACAAUUUCUGAAAAAAAAUAUGAAAACAUCCCUGCUACCUUUACAUUUCUAAAUACAAAACUGACUACCAUAUUGUUGCUUCUGUGUAGCAAGAGAAGUUCAUUUUCAAAAAAGGUAAAAUUCAGUCUUCAGGUGUGAAUGGUAUGAAUGAGAGAGAGAGAGCCCCCCUUUUUAAUUUCUUAAGUAGUUUUUAGGUGAUAAAUGGAAGUAUAGCAGAAAGGUAUCAUUACUAUAUAUGUACUUUGUGGUGGGAAAGGUUCCAGUUUGUGCUGUCUGCUUUCUGUCAAUCUUCCCAUUCAGUGAAUAAAUUGGGAUUCAUGGAACUGAUACUGGGUACAGCUUCUGGCUGCAUAUAUGCUUGGUGGCAGCCCAUGAUGAAUUCUUACCCCGAAAUGCUUUUAAACCUGCCCUAGCUCAAGGCAGUAACUGGGGUUGGUGUUCAGAUAACAUUUGAAAGCUCAAAGGUUGCUAUUUGUAGACUGCAAACAUUAAGGCAUUAAACACGCCUUCAUAAAAAGGAAAUGGGUAACAGGUCAUGUAGCAAAGGCUUUUAAAACCUUAAUCAAAUGUUUGACUACACCCAAGGGUUAUUUUUACAUAAAAAUGAAGCAAUGUGCAGUAUAAACAGCAAAUAUGGAUUGUCCAAGAGUCUUUAAUUAAACUGGUAUGACCUAUUAGUGUUGGAUGAGAUCCAUUGAUUAAGAGUACAGUGGUACCUCAGGUUACAUACCAUUGUCUGUAAGCUUCAGCUUACAGACUCCGCUAACCCAGAAAUAGUGCUUCAGGUUAAGAACUUUGCUUCAGGAUGAGAACAGAAAUUGUGCUUCAGCGGCGCGAUGGCAGCAGGAGGCCCCAUUAGCUAAAGUGGUGCUUCAGGUUAAGAACAGUUUCAGGUUAAGAACGGACCUCCAGAACGAAUUAAGUACUUAACCCGAGGUACCACUGUACAGUUAUUGGACCCACCAGUUACAAUAAAUUAGGAGUUUAAAACAAUGUGAUAAUAUCCUUGGUCACUGUAGGCAGGAGAUUACAUGUUUGUGUACCUUGGCAAUGAUUACUUUCUAGCAUGAAGGAAAUAAUUGGCCGACAUUAAUAUGACUUAGAUGUUUCCUGUGUUUUGACAUUUGCGAUGCAUUUUCUUAUCAUUUUCUGAAACUUUUUGAUAAGGGAGUCAAAGAAGAUUAAUGCAGGCUGGAGUUCCUGCCUUAUGACUCUUGCAUGCCUGCAACUUGAGCCACGUUAAGAGUCACACGUGUUUAUCCCCGUGUGCCGCCAUCUUGCAUUUUCCUCAACGAAGCAAAGUUCUCUUGUACAAUGGUUAAGAAUUGUGCAGCUGUAGUAUAUCUAGUACCUUGUCAUGCAUGGUAGACUAGUUACAGCCAGACUAGACUACUGUAAUAUGGUCUGUGUGGGGCUGCCAUUGAAGAUGACUGAGUGUGCAUUUGGGCAUGUGGAAUAUUGUGUUAUGCCUUUCUAUCCAAUAUACUGGCAUAUACCUACAGGACCGCCUCUCCUGGUAUGCCCCACGGAAGACCUUAAGGUCCAUAAAUAGCAACACCCUAGAGGUCCCGGGCCCUAAGGAAGUUAGAUUAGCCUCAACCAGAGCCAGGGCCUUUUCAACCCUGGCUCCGGCCUGGUGGAACGCUCUGUCUCAUGAGACCAGGGCCCUGCGGGACCUGAUUUCUUUCCGCAGGGCUGGUAAGACAGAGUUCUUCCACCUGGCCUUUGGCUUAGAAUCAGUUUGAUUCCCUCCCCCUCUUUUUCCUUUCUCCUCCUGUAAAGCGGCUGCAUCUUAAUGUUUUAAUGUUGCAUUUUAAUCUUGUUUUUUAAAUUGUAUUUUAAUCAACUUGUUUUUAUUAUUGGUUGUUAGCUGCCCUGAGCCUGGUCUUGGCUGGGGAGGCCGGGGUAUAAAUAAAAUUAUUAUUAUUAUGUCAUUCUAAAUUACAUUCACACCAGUGGUCAUGGUGUGGCUCAAGAAUUUGUGUCAUUGAGUGGGAGCUAAACAGUACAAACUGAAAGCAUUUGCAGAUGACUUAGUACUGACUUUACAGGAGCCAGAAUCAAGCACGAAAAGAGUACAGUGGUGCCCCGCAAGACGAAUGCCUUGCAAGACGGAAAACCCGCUAGACGAAAGGGUUUUCCAUUUUGGAGGUGCUUCGCAAAAUGAAUUUCCUAUGGGCUUGCUUCGCAAGACGAAAAUGUCUUGCGAGUUCCUGCGGGGGUUUUUUCCUCCCCCCCCUUUUCCUAAGCCGCUAAGCCGCUUAUCAGCUGAUCCGCUAAGCCGCUAAGCCGCUUAACAGCUGAUCGCUAAGCCGCUUAUCAGCUGAUCCGCUAAGCCCGCUAAUAGCGCUAAUCCGCUAAACCGCUAAUGGGCUUGCUUCGCAAGACGAAAAAACCACAAGACGAAGAGACUCGCGGAAUGGAUUCUUUUCGUCUUGCGAGGCACCACUGUACUAGAAUUGAUUCAAGAAUUUGGCCAGGUAGCAGAUUUCAAGUUGAAUAAGAUGAAAACUAAAGUCCUGGAGAAAAAUCUGAACGUGAUUGAGAGAGAGAAGUUUCAGAGGGAGACAGGUCUGACACUGGUUAAGAAAGUGAAAUAUUUAGGGGUCAAUAUGACUGCUAAGAAUGUGAAUUUAUUUAAGGAUAACUGUGAAAAAUGUUGGACUGAAGUGAAAAAAGAUUUAGAAAUAUGGUCAAAUUUGAAGUUAUCGUUGCUAGGCCGAAUUGCUGUGAUAAAAAUGAAUGUAUUGCCAAGAAUGUUAUUUCUGUUCCAAUCACUGCAAAUUUUGGACAAAAUGGACUGUUUCAAGAAGUGGCAGAGAGAUAUUUCCAGAUUUGUCUGGCAGGGCAAGAAGCCUCGUAUAAAAUUUAAGAUUUUAACUGAUGCUAAAGAAAGAGGUGGAUUUGCCCUGCCAGACUUAAAACUUUACUAUGAAUCAGCCGCUUUUUGCUGGCUGAGAGAAUGGAUGCUUCUUGAAAAUACAGAUGUUUUGGAUUUGGAAGGUUUCAAUAAUGUAUUUGGUUGGCAUGCAUAUUUGUGGUAUGAUAAGGUCAAAGCACACAAAGCGUUCAAAAACCAUAUUGUAAGAAAAGCACUGUUUAAUGUCUGGAUAAGAUAUAAGGAUUUGUUAGAAAAUAAAACCCCAAGAUGGCUGUCACCUAUGGAGGCAAAGGCCCAGAAAAAACUCAAUAUGGAGGCCAAAUGGCCGAAGUAUUGGGAAAUUUUGGAACAAGAGGGUGACAGAUUAAAAUUACAGAGCUUUGAAAAAUUAAAAAACAGAGUGCGAGAUUGGCUCCAUUAUUAUCAAAUAAUGGAGGCAUAUAAUCAGGAUAAAAAAUUAGGUUUUCAAGUGGACAAAUCAAAGCUGGAAACAGAAUUGUUAGACCCUAAAGUUAAGAAUUUGUCAAGAAUGUAUAACUUGCUGUUGAAAUGGAAUACUCAGGAUGAAAUGGUGAAAUCUGCUAUGAUUAAAUGGGCACAGGAUGUUGGACAUAAUAUUAUGAUGGCUGACUGGGAACAGUUAUGGACCACUGGUAUGAAGUUUACGGCAUGCAAUGCCUUAAAAGAGAAUUUAAUGAAAAUGAUUUACAGGUGGUACAUAACACCAGUCAAGCUUGCAAAAAUUUAUCAUUUGCCCGAUAAUAAAUGUUGGAAAUGCAAUGAAACUGAAGGUACUUUUUUUCACCUCUGGUGGACAUGCCCAAAGAUUAAGGCAUUCUGGGAGAUGAUCUAUAAUGAAAUGAAAAAGGUAUUUAAAUAUACCUUUUUAAAGAAACCAGAGGCCUUUCUCCUGGGCAUGGUGGGCCAAUUGGUGCCAAAGAAGGACAGAGUUUUUUUUUCAUGUAUGCUACAACAGCAGCAAGAAUACUCAUUGCUAAGCACUGGAAGACACAAGACCUACCUACCAGGGAAGAAUGGCAGAUGAAGCUGAUGGACUACAUGGAAUUGGCGGAAAUCCGAGACCAGGGAGAAGAGUCGGUGGAAGAAGAUUGGAAAAAAUUCAAAGCUUAUUUACAGAAAUAUUCUAAAAUUAAUGAAUGUUAGAAGGAUGCUGGAAAGAAGUUAUAUGACUUUAGUAGAAAUAUUAUAAAGAAUUAAGUAUGAAUAGAUUGACAUUGGGUAAAGAUGUAAACUUAAGUCUAAAAUUGCGUUAAGUUAAAUUAUGGAACUAAAUUUGUGAAAGAAGGAAAGGACUUGCUGGAAUAAUUAAUUGAAAUAGAAUACAAAAAAGGAGGUGUGAGGAAGUCGAGGAAAUAAGCAGAUGAAAGAUAAGGAUAUGAAAAUAUGGGGUUCUUUUGUAUGUUUGUUUGUUCUUUUUUGGGUUUUUUUAAAAAAUGCUUUUGCUCCCCCCCCUUUUUCUUUUUUGUAUUGUUGAUGUUUUGUAUUACUGUAUUUAUUUUUGUUUUUGAGGCUUUGUACAGUGGUGCCCCGCAAGACGAAUGCCUCGCAAGACGGAAAACCCGCUAGACGAAAGGGUUUUCCGUUUUGGAGGUGCUUCGCAAAACGAAUUUCCUAUGUGCUUGCUUCGCAAGACGAAAAUGUCUUGCAAGUUCCUGCAGGGUUUUUUUCCUUUCCCCCCCCUUUUUCCCAAGCUGCUAAACCGCUUAUCAACUGAUGGCUAAGCCGCUUAUCAGCUGAUCUUUAAGCCGCUUAACAGCUGAUGCUAAGCCGCUUAUCAACUGAUCUUUAAGCUGCUUAACAGCUGAUGCUAAGCCGCUUAUCAGCUGAUCUUUAAGCCGCUUAACAGCUGAUGCUAAGCCGCUUAUCAGCUGAUCUUUAAGCCGCUUAACAGCUGAUGCUAAGCCGCUUAUCAGCUGAUCUUUAGCCGCUUAACAGCUGAUACUAAGCCGCUUAUCAGCUAAUACUGUAGCGCUAAGCGCUAAACCUCUAAUGGGCUUGCUUCGCAAGACGAAAAAAUCCGCAAGACGAAGAGACUCGCGGAACGGAUUCUUUUCGUCUUGCGAGGCACCACUGUAAUUGUUUAUUGCUUAUAUCUUUCUUUUGUUUUUCUUUUCUUUUUUUUGUAAUGUCUAAACUUUAAUAAAUAUUUUAUAUAUAUAAAAAAAAGAAUUUGUGUCAUUGGACAAUGUUGAUACUUUCCACACACAUGUGCUUCAAUCCAUCCUUGAUUCCCCCAUGUAAACAGCUAGAAAGUACUUUAUACUCGUACACCACACCAAGUUUUGUCACUUUUCUCCUGCGAUUUUCCAGGUUAAGGGGAUUGCAAACAGAUUUCUUUCCUGGAAUCAAAAAAACAUGGGAAUGGUUGCUAAACAUGCACUAUAUACCAUUAGUUUUCUGGAAGUGGUCUUUAUGUUAUGUGUAAACUCAAAUAUAGUACAGAAAUUAAUAGUUAGGGAAAUGCUGGGGAAACAGAAUAAACUGCUGUGUUAAUACAGCCUGAGAAACCGAAGGUGGUAUAGAAUGCAACCGCUUGUUAUUGGGGCUAGGCAGUCAGAGCUCAUACUGGUUCUGUAAUAGUUGCACCGGCUUAUUUCCAUUUGAAAGUACUGGUUUUAAGCUUUAAAGUCCUAAAUGGUUUGGGGUGAGCAUUAUCCUACUAAAUGGUUUGGGAUGAGCUGCCCAAAGUGGCUGGGGAAACCCAGCCAGAUGAGUGGGGUAUAAAUAAUAAAAUUGUUGUUGUUAUUAUUAUUAUUAUUAUUAUUAUUAUUAUUAUUAUCAUCAUCAUCAUUAUUGUUGUUGUUGUUGUUAGAGUCACGGGCUACUGAGGUUCAUUGAGACUUUACAAAGGGCUGAGCCUUGGUAGGCCCUUCCCUCCUCCUCCCCUGGAGGAAUUCUUGCCAAGAGCGGUUCAGCAGGAGCCAUCCUUGCUUGUUUUUAGGGGUCUUGUAAAAACUGUAUCGUGGCUUUUCAAACCUGAGAUUCUCUGCCAGCCAACUUUACCUGAUGGGUUUUCCUUAUUUAAAGAAUAAAAAAAAGAGUUCAGAUGUAAACAACAACAAUAAAGUUCAUACAGACACUAAAAUGGAUAGAGAAUGAAAGCUGCUCAUAUAAAUAUGAAGUAAAACAUUAAUACAACCAUAUAUUAUGGAGUGAGGCAGGUACAGUUUUGUCCUACAGAGUCUUUGCUUGUGUGCUGGAUCAACAGACACCAGCCUGCCAUGAAAUUCUCUUGGGUUUCUUGCCCUCUCGCCACACAAAGUUUUGAAUCAGAUUCUCAUAAAGUGCUAUGUCCGAAACUACAUUAUACCAAUUUUGUCCAUUUAAACUCUUUGUUCUUUUGCAGUUCCUAGCUAUCAUUAUUCUUGCUGCCAUUAAUAAGUAACCAAUAAGUAAAUGUUUCUAUAAUAAUCCUUGGUUGUCUCCGUUGAAUAUACCCAACAAUGUUAUUUCAGGAUUCUUCUUUUAUUUACGUUUUUCUUUGGUUUUAUUGUAAUACUGUGUGUUGCAACAUGAAUGUUACAAUAUGAAACACACAGUAUACAAUAAAACAAUAUGUUUUAUAUGAAACAAUUUAUAAUACUGAAAUGAAUAAAUAAGUGCCCUUGCUCACUGGUCUACCUUUAAGACCAAUUGGGUAUUUGCAUUUUUGCAAUGCUGAACUUUAAUCUUUUCAGAUAGCGCCAUAAUGUAAUUUUAUAAUUAUACUGUUGUGUUCCCUUGGGUGUACCAGUCAUUUUAUUUAUACAAAUGAUGUCGUAAUAAGUUGCAAAAUAAUGGAUUUUAUUCCGUGGCGGCUGAUCCCUGCUUGUUUAUGCUGCAGCCGUGAUGAAAUAGGUUCAUGAGCAUUAGCAUGAUGAAAUAGGCUCACGGCGUUAUGUAAGUGCCACACAUAUUAGCCCAUUUAGCUUUGCAUUGCCCAGUGCAAUGCAUUUGCACUGCAUUGCCUGUGGCUCUCCAUGGUCUCCGGCAGUGAGGCCUUUCUUGCUACCUGACCUUUUAAGUGCAGGUGAGAGGGGUUGAACCCGAGACCUCCUGCAUACAAAGCACAACUGAGCAGUUAUCCUUCCCCCUAACUUUAGCGUACAGUUAGAAGUGUUGUAAAGCGGAACCUUCAUUCAGUGCAUCCAGGUCUCCUUCCAACACAUGCCCUAUGCAGGGUGCAGCAGGAUCUUCAUGAAAGAAGAACAAACUAACUCCCUUCUGAUUUCCUGGAUUGGUCCCCUGACCCUUCUGAACCAACCUUUUCCCUCUCUAGGUUGAAGUCGGUUUCUGCUUUUUUGCUUCCUCCCCCAUCUUAAACGUGUGUCCCUCCCCACCGUCCCAAGUUCCCAGAAUGUGUAUCAAAGUAGUUUUAAAAAGUUAGAAGCUAUUUUUUUAGGGAAGGAGUUACACGGAACCUCUCUUUGUCCAGUUAGUAUUUAUCAGUAGUGUUAUCAAGCAUGAAAAAUUAAGGCUAUAACUAUUCUGUUUCAAACAAAAUGGGAAAACCUUUUGCAAUCUGUGGGCUGAAUUUCAUUGUGGCCAGUCUUCCAGGGCCCAUAUUCCAGUGUUGGGCAGUUCCAGAUUUAAAAGUGAGCAGGGUGCAACUUUUGGAGACCCAUGGUUUGGGAUGGUGACUGUCCAUAGAGCCAAAAAUAUAUUUUGCAGUAUUUUUCUUGUACAGUGAUACCUCGGUUUUCAAACGCCUCCAUUGACGAACAUUUCUGAACUUGAAUGCCAUAAACCUAGAAGUCAAUGCUUCAGUUUUUGAACAUGCCUUUGAAGUCAAACAGGAAGCUCAGCUUCUGUAUUGAGUUUUCCAUAUUGAGUUUUUGGUUUUGGAACUCGAACAGCCUUCCGGAACGGAUUAUGUUCGAAAACUGAGGUACCACUGUAUCCCUGUGGUGCUUUCUCCCAUAAUCUACAUGAUGCUGAGUAAUCAUCUUAUCUUUUUAUUCUGUGAACUGGUAUGAAGGGAGGUAUACGAAUUUAAUAAAUAAUAAUUGUGUUUCCACUGAAUUGUUUUUCUCUUUUAUUGGACCUUCCUUCCUUCCUUCCUUCCUUCCUUCCUUCCUUCCUUCCGUUUGUCUUCUUGGCAUUUGUUCUACCUGCUUCUGUACCAGAAGAUGAAACAAAUUUAUAUUUUUAUAGAAUAAUGUAAGGCAGGGCAAAGGUAACAAUGGGUGGAUCAAAAUAUGUGACUCAAACCUUUGUACAGUUGGCUACAUUCCAGCCAUGCAGAAAUCCAGAGGCUUUUGCACACACACGCAUCUCUCUCCAUCUUCCAUCAAGGCUCAAGCAAGAAGCAUUAUCAUAGUUCAGCAUCACAUUCCAGACUGGCAAAACCACUCAAGGAGGAUGUAGAAUAGAGCAGUGACAAAGCAUGGUUCUCAACUAGUUUCCCUUCUUUAAAAAAAUGUAAAGGAACUUUCAGAUUUCAGCAGUGCUUGGUGUUAAUUGUUCAGCAGUUUGGUAUUAUUUUGCCAGUUUUUUUAUUAAGAACUUUGUAUGGCUGUCCCCGUAGAGUGAAUUAACUUGCCAGAGAUCAAUGCAGUAAACUAAAGCUGUGGUUUUGGAGGUCUAUAUCUUAUCUACCAAAGCAUGUUCUUCUUCUUAACUUUCAGGACAAUGGAUAUAUUUGGAGCACCAUCUGGUGGACAAUUGCAAACAGUUUCUCUCCCCCCCACCCCCUGCACCUAGUAAUUAUGGCAGGUGGGAGUUUAGUUGCUUUUACUUUUGCAGUCUUUAUUGUUAAAUUGCUUUGGGAUGUUUUAUGGCGAGUGAUUCAUAAAUGAAUUAAAUAGCAUAGGAACACAUAGGGGAAGCUUAUUUACACAGCAAUCAAUGAUGCCUAAAGCCUUAAUCUAAGCUUUGUUAUUUUCAGAAUAAUGGCUUGGGUCAGUUGCCCUUUUUUUUUUCACAGACAGAGAAAAGAGAGCAGAAGUUAUCAACUGGGUCUGUGGUUUGACUUGAUUUAGGGUCAAAGGAUAACACUCCAGCUGAUGAGCUGUACUAGUUUUGAUCUCCUGUAUAAUUCUAUAAGCAACUUAAUGAGAGAAACUGCUCCCUAGAAGAACAUACUAGCUCCUGGCUUUUCACCCAUCCACUUUCCUCAUGUGGGCAUUUCCCCUUGGCUCCAUCUACACUAUAGAUUUAAAGCAGUAUCAUACCAUUUUAAACAGUCAUGCCUUUCCCCAAAGAAUCCUGCAAACUGUGGUUUGUUAAGGGUGCUGAUGUUGUGAGGCGCUUAUUGCUUUUACAGAGCUACAAUUCCCAGAGUGGUUUAACAUUCAAGCCUCUACCCAGGAAAUUCUGGAAACUGUAGUUCUGUGAGGGGAACAGGGGUCUCCUAAGAGCUCUCAGUAUGCUUAGCAAACUACAGUCCCCAGGAUUAUUUGGGGGAAACCAGGACUGUUUAAAGCGGUAUGAUACUGCUUUAAAUCUAUAGUGCAGAUGGGGCCCAUUACUUUUUUCAUUAACUGGCCCAGCUCUGGAAAGAGUCCAUGUUGAUGGAGCAAUAGAAUAUUAUUCUGCUGUUUCCACCUACAAAGUCAAUGCAUGAUAUGAAAGAGUUCCAGCCUUUCCUUUUGCACAUUGAUGACUUCGUUGGAUUCAUCCCAGAAUCAGCUUCUAGGUCAAGAAGGCCAGUGUGUAAACAUUUCACAUGUGCCUCAAACAAUUAGAUUACAACCAGAAGAUGUGAGUCCUCUCUCUCUACCUGCCCCUCACAAUGUUCACAAGCUGGACUCAGUUGUGGCUUUAACGUUUUGUUUUUCAUUUUAGAUUUCCUCCUUUCUCGCCACUCAAACCAUAUCCCAAACGAUCCCCGUACCGAAAGGAAGUUGUCAAAUUCCCAAACUGGAAUGAUUUUGAAAGGGAUACUUUCCAACAACAGAUCCCAGGGAAGCCCCUCAUGUUGGUAAGAUUUCCAUCUGUACGAAUAUUAUUUUGAUGCGGAAGAUGCUAACUACAAGCUCCUGUUCACUGACAUAUCUGUGAAGGCAUCCUUUGGUUCCUCCCAAGGGGCGAGCAACAGAGGAGCCAAUCAGGCUCUGUGGAGAAGUGUUGCUACCCCUAGUCCAGUCCCUGACACCUUUUGGAGCUGACUGCCACUUGGGUGUGGACCAGAGAAUCCUGGCCUGUGGCUUUGGUAUUGCCAUCACCAACUUUCCCUUCCUCCCUCUGGGUAGAGAACAUAAUUGCUAUGGACUAUGAUUAGUCAAUAGUUGUAGGGGCUGGAAAGGAGUCCUACUCACGACAUGUGGUGUGGUAUGGAUUUUGCCUUCCCUACAGCAAUUAAGAGCUUAUGGUUAAUCUUACUAUUUAUUAUUUAUUGAAUGUAUACACUGCCCUAUACCCAGAGGUCAGGGCAGUUCACAAGAGAGAUCAACAGAAAAACAACAAUGUAUAUAAUGAAAAUAAAAACAGCAACCCAAUAACAACACCCCCCCCCCCAAAAAAAGAGAGCUGCAUUUUAUAAGGGCAUAGGAUGUCAAUCAGAUCAACCAAAGGCUUGGUUAAAAAGGAACAUUUUUGCCUAGCACCUAAAGGUGUAUAAUGAAGGCACCAGACGAACUUCCCUGGGGAGAGCAUUCCACAGACGGGGAGCCACUGCAGAGAAGGCCCUCUGGACCUCUCAAGGAGGAGGCACACGAAGGAGGGCCUCAGAAGAUGAUCUCAGGGUCCGGGUAGGUUCAUAUGGGAAGAGGUGGUCCUUGAGAUUUAAGGCUUUAUAGGUCAAAGCCUAUAACCUUUGAAUUGGGUCUGGAAACCAGUUGGUAGCCAGUGCAGUCAGACCAGUAUCGGUGUAAUAUACUCAAACUGUCUUGCUCCGGUGAGCAACCUGGCUGCUGAAUUCUGCACUAGCAUGUAGGACACAUUAUCUUCUCUGCACUGUUGCUUAGAAAUGUACUGAAGAAUUGACAAUUAUUUACAACUAACAUCUCUGGAUCAGUGUAGGAUUAGGGUCCUUAUUAAGGGAAAUAAUUAUUAUAUACAAUACUAAAACUUGUUAUCUUUCUCGUCUCUUGUAGAAUUCUGAAAUGUGGUUCAAACGUCACAGUAUUGCAAUUGGAGAAGUUCCAACGUGCAAACUCAUACAUCGCCGACAAUUAACAGAGUCAAAUCUGGAAGAUAUAUGGAGGUCCAUGACUCUAUCGCAGUAAGUAGAUUGCACGAACCUUUCUCUGUCAACCUAAGCUGAGAGUAAGUAGCAGAAAGCAACAGGCUGUGCUUUGCAUGCAUGCAUGCAUAAAUAAAUAAAUAUUCCAAAUUGCCACUAAGAAAAUACAAAGUCAGCAAUUCAGUAAUCCAUAAACUGAAAUUCUUUUGCCUUUUUUCAGCUGGCUUGUUGACUCAAGCCCCUGAACUGCAAUGCCCAGCUUUUUAAAAGUAAUAAUAAUACAGUGGUACCUCGGGUUAAAUACUUAAUUCGUUCUGGAGGUCCGUUCUUAACCUGAAACUGUUCUAGAGGUACCACAGUUUACUAUAGAAUAUUGCUGGAAUGCGGUGCGUGAUUCCUUUAGUUAUUUUGGUUAGUUAUUUUGGGGUUGUUUUGUUCUCUAGAGCAGGUGGGGAAACUAGCAUGUGGACACUCUCACUGGUUUUUCCCAACUGGGGGGAGGUUGGCAUUUAUAAAAUGCACUUUGAUAUGACAUGCAACCUCAGCAUUAUAGUCAUAUGUAUCUAAAAUAUAUGGGCGCUGUAAAGUGUUCGUUUUAAACCAGAAUGUUGCUUUUUCUAUUGGAAUUGCGAGCUUCAAGGCAGCUUGUGCUGCCUAUUAAAAAAUACUGCAUCUGCUGAACUUUUUGUAUUCCAGUAAAAGUACUUCAUUGUGAUGUGCGGUGCUUCUACAACUAACUGUGCUACUAGUCUGAUAAACCUGUUUGUUUUCCCACCUCCCACCCUCUUAUUGCAGCUUGCAAAAGACUUUAGGCUUGGAUUCUCUGAAUGACAUGCUGGACAUUAAACUUGUGAAUCCAAAGCAUAUAAUUCAGAAUGUGUAUAAUGUUAACAAGCAGGGGGUUGUCAUCCUAGAAGAUAAAUCAAGUAAGUAGAGUAAUUUGUUUAGUUUGUUACAGCUUUUCUAGGAUUUGUGCUUGAUAAUAUGGUAAUUCAGCGGGGAGAGGGGAGGAACAUUCUGUAGUUGAAUCAUAAAGAUAGACAUUUCUCCCCAGAAGAAGAAAAUUACUAUAUACCAUCAAAGAGUAUAUUGGGGAGUGUCAUGUUAUUUACAUUUAUUUAGUUGUUUGUAGGGCUUCUCAAGUUUGGACUAUGGUAUAUUUUUGAAUAAUUUCUGAUAAGUUAUCCACGAAUACAACUUCAUGUCCUUUCCAUAAGACAUUCUGAACCAGUAAGAGCAUUAGGUGGUAAUUGUACACUAUUUUUAUGGAGGUAAACAAAUCCAUAAUUAAAAGACAGGCUGUUCUUUAUUAUCAUCUAAGUAGAUAAGUGGGAUGAGGGAGUUGUGUUGCAGUAGCUGUGGUUCAGCUUCAGCCCAAGACCCACCCAUUCCAAACUCGCUCAUCCCAGCGGCUCUCGGGUUUGGAUUUCACUGUCAGUACAAUCAUAUCUCGGGACGCAGGUGGCGCUGUGAGUUAAACCACAGAGCCUAGGGCUUGCCGAUCAGAAGGUCGGUGGUUAAAUCCCCGCAAUGGGGUGAGCUCCCGUUGCUCGGUCCCAGCUCCUGCCAACCUAGCAGUUCGAAAGCAUGUCAAAGUGCAAGUAGAUAAAUAGGUACCGCUCCGGCAGGAAGGUAAACAGUGUUUCCGUGCGCUGCUCUGGUUCACCAGAAGUGGCUUAGUCAUGCUGGCAACAUGACCCGGAAGCUGUACGCCGGCUCCCUCAACCAAUAAAGCAAGAUGAGCACCACAACCCCAGAGUCGUCCGCAACUGGACCUAAUGGUCAGGGGUCCCUUUACCUUUAAGUAGAUAAGCAGAAGUGUUAAAGUUUCAUGAUUCAACAUCACCUUACUGAGUAAUUUCCUUUUAUGUGAUGCCAACCUGUUUGAGGCUAAAUACACAACCAACAAACAUGGUGUAAUUGUUUUUUAUUAAGGCUGGCUUCCCCACAUGACACAUCCUUUGUAUGGACAUAAUCUGUGGGCACGUAAUCUGAAGGCAGCAUGAGUUUUGUUUUUCUGCAGUUACAUCUGUUUAGAUGGCUCCCUGUCGCUCCGCAAAAUUAAAUACUUCCCUGUUUCCAAACUUGACGCAUUUGUGCACAUAGGUCUUUGUUGCACUAUGGUGAUUCUGCAGCGUAUUGUUGCGGAAUUCCUUCCUGCGGGAAGCCGUGGUGGCCAGCAUCUUGGAUGGCUUUAAAAAAAGAGGAUUAGACAACUUCACAGAGGAUAAGGCUGUCAAUGGCUAAUCUGCCUCCAUGGUCAGAGAUAGCAAUGCUUCUGAAUACCAGUUGCUGAAGAUGCCAGGAGGGGAGAGGGAUCUCGUUCUCAGGUCUUCUUGUGGGUUUCCCACAGGCAUCUGGUUGGCCACUGUGAGAACAGGAUGCUAGACUACAUGAGCUAACCCAGGUGAUCCUGUGCUGCUGAAGCAUUUUGCUGCUAUUAUUGGGGGCUGCUUAACAGAUCGUAAUCCACUGCAAAUGUUUUUAUGAUAAUAUAUUAUUAUUUACUUUUAAAUUUUAUUAUUAUUGCUAUUAACACACAUGUCCUUAUGCAUGUAAAAAAUGGAGGUCAAUUGGAAACCUUUAUUGUACAACAGGCGACUAACCUGUUCUAAUAAUAAUAAUAAUAAUAAUAAUAAUAAUAAUAAUUUUUAUUUAUACCCUGCCCUCCCCAGCCAAGGCCGGGCUCAGGGCGGCCAACAAGCAACAAUAAAAACAAGCUGAAUGAAUACAACUUAAAAACAAGAUUAAAAUACAACAGUAAAAUAUUGAAACAGUAAAAUAUUAAAAUGCAGCCUCAGCACAGGAGGAGAAAGAAAAAAGAAAGAGGGGGAGGGAAUCAAAUUGGCUCCAAGCCAAAGGCCAGGUGGAACAACUCUGUCUUACAGGCCCUGGGGAAAGAAAUCAGAUCCUGCAGGGCCCUGGUCUUAUGAGACAGAGCGUUCCACCAGGCCGCAGCCAGUGUUGAGAAAGCCCUGGCUCUGGUGGAAGCUAAUUAAUUUCCUUAGGGCCCAGGACCUCUAGGGUGUUGCUAUUUAUGGACCUUAAGGUCCUCCGUGGGGCAUACCGGGAGAGGCGGUCCCGUAGGUACAAGGGUCCUAAUAGCACUUGUUCUGCAAAGGUGUUGGGUUGGAUCCAAUGGCAGUCCUAUUCAGAGUAGGCCAAUUGAAGUUAAUGGACAUGACUAACUUGGGUUCAGUGGGUCUAAGUAGGGCAUACAGUGGUGCCCCGCAAGACGAAUGCCUCGCAAGACGGAAAACCCGCUAGACGAAAGGGUUUUCCGUUUUGGAGGUGCUUCGCAAAACGAAUUUCCUAUGGGCUUGCUUCGCAAGACGAAAAUGUCUUGCGAGUUCCUGCGGGGUUUUUUCCUCCCCCCCCUUUUCCCCAAGCCGCUAAGCCGCUUAACAGCUGAUCCCUUAAGCCACUAAGCCGCUUAACAGCUGAUCCGUUAAGCCACUAAGCCGCUUAUCAGCUGAUCCGCUAAGCCCGCUAAGCCGCUAAUAGCGCUAAUCCCCUAAACCGCUAAUGGGCUUGCUUCACAAGACGAAAAAACCGCAAGACGAAGAGACUCGCGGAACGGAUUCUUUUCGUCUUGCGAGGCACCACUGUAGUUGUUUCCACCUGUGCCAUAUGUGAAGUGGUUCUUGGGAUGGAAAUGAGCAGCUGCCGCCAAUACAAACUGUCCAAAGAUAUAGAGCAGGGUUUUCCAAACUUGGGUCUCCAGUAGUUUUUUUGGACUACAAUUCCUAUCAUCCCUGACCACUGGCUUCUGCUAGCUAGGGGUCACGAGAGUUGUAGUCCAAAACCAGCCAGAGACCCAAGUUUGGGAAACUGACAAAGAGUGACUAUGUCUGUCCUCAGAGAUACAUGCCUUUCUUUUUUAUGGUUCAAGACUGAGGUGGAGACUGUAUUGUGUACUUCUCUGAUGGAAAUCGCUGUCCUAAUCACCAUCAUCACUACUAUUUACCUGCCCUUUCCCCGAAGUUCCCAGGGCGGGUUACAUCAAUUAAAGCACAGUGUUGAGAACCUUUUAAAACAACUUGCAAUCACAGAAAUAAGGCGGGUCCUGAAAAUAUACACCCCAGUUUUCAAAAGCCAGGGUAAACAGAAGAGUCUGCAGGCUUUGUUGAAAGAUGUAUAACGAAGAUUCCAGAUUCACCCCUGUUGGGAGGAAGUUCGAAAACCUGGGUUGCCAUAGAGAAAGCCUUCUGCCAGGCUACCACCCUGGAGUUGAUUGGGAUGACUCUAUGGCUGUUGAUGAGCUCCUGGAUGAGGCUUUCCUGUAGCUUGUAAAUCCAUUCCUCUGCUUCAUAAAAGUCAGUGUUGAUCUAUUUAACGAUUUUUGAAAAUUUUCACAUCUCUAUUCACUGCAGAGGAGCUGCCUCACUGGGUUCUAUCAGCAAUGAAGUGUCUGGCAAGUUGUAAGUAUCAGUUUGAUUUCAGUGUGAAUAGGGAAACUCCUCCCCCUUUUCUGUUUUAAGAAAGCCACUUUGACAAGGGCAAAUAAGGCUUCAUUCAUCAUUACGAGCUGCAGUGUGAGGCUGUCUGUUUGUCACGGGCUAGUUGGACGUAGAGGAAUAGUGGGAGGAACCAAUCUGUGGAACCACCAGGGGAAGAAGGCUCAGAGCCCAGGGAGUGGUAGUAGGACACCGAUGAGUGGUCAGAGGGAGAAAAAGGAGAAGACUGGGAAGAGGACAUGUUGGAAGCUGAAGGCAACAGGGCUUAGGGAGCAGGGAAAGUGUAGCAGAGAGAAGUCGAGAAUCAGAGGCGGAAUCUGAAGCAGAGAGGAGGGAGACCAAGAGAUGAGUCAGGUUGGUGAAGGAUCACUGCUGUGACAAGCUCCCCUUCCGGCAUCCCAGGACCAGAAGAAGUAUGAAGAGGGAGGAGCAGAGACAGGUGUAGUCUCAGAUUGCUUGGGAAGACCCCGGGGGAGGGGGAGGCUAAGGCAACUGUGGGAAGGCAGAAACCUUCAUUCUUAGCAACUGCUUCAUGUGGGCAAGACAUGCUGGAGAAGAGCUGCUAUGCUCAUUUAGCCUGACACUCCUGUGCAGAUCCUGUUUUUGCUAAUAGAGAGUUAACACCAACUUGCUUGGUCAAUAAGGCUUCAUUCAUCAUUACACUCUGCACAGUGUUGUUCUUUCCCUGUUUGCUCAGUAAGGACAGAAGUCCAAGCUCACAUGGGCGGAACUUAGUUCAUAGUAGAGUAUCCCAUUCCUACUACCUUUGCUGCUUGACUUCAAAUUUUGUAUUACUGGGGAGCCCUAGGAACUGCCCAGUGCAUCAAGACGUUCAAGACAACAAGAAAACUGUCUUGCAUGGAGUCACAGAGGCACAAUAAGUUAGGAUUCUGCUUCAGCAUUGACUAAGCCCCAGCUGAGCAGCCUUAUAGCCCUACCCCUUCCUCUUCCUCUUCACACGUAUGGCUCAGGGAUGCUUGGCUGCUUAUUUGGAAACAUUGGCUGCUCAUCAGUUAUGGGUAUCUUGUGUGGUAGUCCUCAUCUUAAAUCCUCAUGCUGGGCUUUGUCCUGCUAUGUUGUAUCACAUGAUCAACCAUCACCCAGAAUUGACUGAUAUGGGCAGCUACUUCUGUGUGAUUGUUCCAUCUGAAGCAAUCUUUGUGAAGAUCUCCCUCCAUGUACAAUGCUUUCAUGGGAUGUGAGCCACUAGAAGCCCCUGGGCCAAAUCCCCCACCCCCCCACUAUGCCAGAGUAUAUGCCAUGUGGUCCUCCUUACAUUGCCAUCCCAAAGGGGAAAGUAAUACUGAGAAAGCAGCAUCUCUGCCUACCCAAUUUGUUGUAGAGAAUUUACUGGGGCAGGGUUUGUUCUGUAUACAGUGUAUAAGAGUUUAAUGUGUACAGUGGUACCUCUGGUUACAUACGCUUCAGGUUACAGACUCCACUAACCCAGAAAUAGUACCUCGGGUUAAGAGCUUUGCUUCAGGAUGAGAACAGAAAUUGCGCUCCGGCGGCGCAGCAGCAGCGGGAGGCCCCAUUAGCUAAAGUGGUGCUUCAGGUUAAGAACAGUUUCAGGUUAAGAACAGACUUCCGGAACGAAUUAAGUACUUAACCCAAGGUACCACUGUAUAUGGGGUUAUAUGAAGGGUUAAGCUUGAAAUACUAAGUGCCCAUUGAUUCAUUGAAGUUCUUUAGUUGCGUAAGACUGGUCUGGGGGAAAGCUGGGCUCUUGCAUCAAGUUGGAGGGUUGUACCAUUUCAUUUCUGAUUGGCUUGCAGGGUAGAAAUCCUUGGUCACUCAUUGGUCAGAAAAAGUGUUCUGAGGAGGAGGCAGAAUUCUAGCCUACUCCGAUCUGAUGAAUGUCACACAUUUCCCCCCUCCUGAUAAAUAAUUUGUCCGUUUCCUCUUUGCUCUCGUGGACACAUCAAUACUGAGUAGAAAUGUAACUGUUGAUAACUUCUGUCAGCCAGCACAAGCCAUUCAUUUCUUCUCUCUCCUUUGCCCCAUCACAAUAGGGCCCAGGUGUCCGGAUCUGAAACAACCGACAUAUUCAGGAUUUGAAAGAGAUGUCUUCAGAACCAUAGCGGAUUACUAUGGCCACAUGAAGGAGCCUCUUCUCACUUUCCAGUUUUUUGAUCUCUUUGUCAAUGUGCUAGGUAAGAACUCCUUCCCUCUGGAGGUCUGUCACUCUUUGACUAUUUCCCCCCAGUUUUUUUUAACUUGUAAAGAUGUGUCUCUUCAACCAGGCCUUGGGGUUUCCCUGAGGUUGUUGGUUAGUCAAGCUGAGAGAACUGUUGAGUCACAGAAUGACCCGCCAAUGUCUUCUCCAACCUUCUCCAGAUGUGGUCCAAAACAUCUGGAGGGAACCUGCUUGGCAAAUCCCGGUCAGUGGGGAUUCUUUAUUGCCCUCCUGUUUAAAGUUAAUAGUUUUAUGGCUGUCGUUUGCUUGAAGAAAAGUAGAAGCUGCUGUUUAUUUGGGGACCCUGAUAAUACAGGCUAGGAAGCUUCUACUUAUUUUCCAGCAAAAGUAGGUAAAGGCCCCCUUCAGACCUCCCGUGCCCAACGUGGGAAGGUUGGGGGGACUGAGCAGGCAGGGAAGUUUUUGGGUAGUGACGGGGUGUGGUUACUUGCAGCCCUGGGCCUGCUGCACAUGUCAAAUUCAGACAUACAGUGGUGCCUCGCAAGACGAAAUUAAUUCAUUCCGCGAGUUUUGUCGUCUUGCGAUUUUUUUCGUCUUGCGAAGCACGGUGUCGGGAAAGUUUUGGAAGAGCUUCAAAAAUCACCACACCACGUUCUAUGAGUUGCUCCUCGAAGUCAAGUCGCAACUGUAUUAACGGUGUUAAGAAAAAGGAAACAAACUUGCAAGACGUUUCCGUCUUGCGAAGCAAGCCCAUAGGGAAAAUCGUCUUGCGAAGCAGCUCAAAAAACAAAAAAACCUUUCGUCUAGCGAGUUUUUUGUCUUGCGAGGCAUUCGUCUUGCGAGGUACCACUGUAAUGCUUGAGUGGCAGUUGUCCGUGUCUCUGGCGCGAGCUGUUUUUACCUUGUUGUGUUCUAAGUAUUAUAAACCACUGUGGAAUUUGGAGAUGAUGGGUGGUAUGAAAAUUUGAAUAAAUAAAUAAAUACUUUGAAUAAAUAAAUUCCUCUUUGGAACACAAACAGGAUACAAAUUAAAAUUGCACAGGUGAGUUUUCGAGGAGCAAUAAAUCCAGCGAAUAAUGGGGAGCAAAUGUUCAUUAGCAAGUUCUAGAACAAGAAAUGUACACAUCUGGUAGUGAACAAGCAAGCAAAUAAUAAUAAUGAUAAUAAAAAACAGUACAAAAAUUCAAUUUCGAGCAUUUCACCAUUGUCCUUUUAUUUGCAGCCUCCAAAGGGAGCCCAGAGCAGCUAACCUUGUACAAAAACAAAUGCAAUAGCAAAAUGAAAACACUAUAAACUAUUUGUUUAUUUAAAGCAUGCCUGUAUCGCCUCCUGUGGCAAGUCUUGAUGCGCUAUGCAACAAUAUUAAAAUGCACAUCAGUAUAUUAAAAUACAGGAAGAAAAUGCAACCAAAAAACCUAGGAUUAAAAAAAUCUUAUAAUAGAAUGAGACUGAGUACCAGAGAAGGCCUAGGAGCCCAAAUGUAUGUUUGUAAAAGACACCUGGACGUCAUUGGUGGUCUCCUAAACUCAGAGGGAAAAUGAAUCCGUCAAAAAGGCCCACUUUCUAGCAGCUCCUAGCCAUGGUACCAUGGCCUGCGCCAUGACCAGGAGGGCCUCGUCACCCAUAAUGACUGAGAAAGACAGGAGUAGGGAACCUCAGGCCUGAGGGGCAAUGUGGCCCUGUAGACCUCCAUGCCUGGCCCUUGGGGCCCUCCCUAGCUCCCAUCUCACCUUCCCUAAGUCAUGCCCCUCAUUGCCUCUGCUCCAUGACCUCUUCAAGCGUUCUUGCCUGGCUGGAACAUGUUCUUGAGGCAAUUGGUCUCCUCAGGCACAAUAAGAAGUCAGAGUUUUCAUUUCGUUUAUGGCUUAUAUCCUGGUCUCCCUUUUCAGGGUAAGCCCAAAGCUAAUAAAACAAAAACGACAGCCUCGUUAAUAAAAAAUAAUAAUUCAUUCACUUGUUUAUUUGAAUAUGUAUAAACCACGCUUACAUAGGAAACAUAGCAAGGCAGUGUACAACACAAAGCCACUGUAACAUUGGUAAAAGUGUUACCAAGUCCAGAACGCUGUCGCCACCAAGCCAAUAAAGAGACAGUGGGUGUUAGGGUAAAAUGAGUUAAUUAAAACCUACAACAGUGAGUCUCAGCAGAAUAUCUCAAAAAGACUGAGCGUAGAGAUCACAAAGCAUUUACACCAUUGUAGCAAGCGCACAAAUGUGUGAUUUCUUGCGUUACUGGGGAAACCCAGCCAGAUAGGCGGGGUAUAAAUAAUAAAAAAUAUUACUAUUACUAUUGCUAUUAGCUAGGAAUGUGCGUGGACAAAGCAUGCUUAAGUUCUCUUCUUGGCUACAGAAUAAUUACUUCCUGACCCUAAUCUCGAAUUCAGGCCAGCCCAGGCGUAACUGGCCUUGUAGUUGCAGCAGUGGGAACAUCUUGUACUUGUGACUGGGAGUGUGUUUAUGCAGACUCAGGGUUCAGCUGCAUAUGUGAUGUGUAGACUUCAGCGUUAUGGCACCUCUUGAGUUAUGGCACCCAUGUAUCAGAAAUAUUUGCUGCAUAAACAGACUGUGAGAGAACAUGAGCAAAGAUGUGGGCUGGGCUGACUGUGGGUCCUGACAUCUAGCCCCAGGUGAUGGGAUCCAGCUGGGUCCCAAUUCAGGGAAUCCACCUAUCAAAAGCACCAGCAACACACAUGUCAACAAAAAUUAGUUGAUUUUUUUAAAAUAAAAAGUCAAUUCCAAAGGCAGUUAGGAAUUCCAGCUGAACAGUGCCAUCUUUGAAAUACGCGUGACGGAAAAUGAGUACGCCUCCCACUGUUCUUCUGUCCGUGAAAAGCUCCACAGGAGAGAGGACCUGCCACACUAAAAGCUCAAUGCCUCAUAAAGGCUGACUGAACUUCAGGGGCAUUUGGGAGCACCAAAAAUGGCCUGUUGAAGGAUCUCAGCAACUGAGGGGGGACACUGCUGGCAUAUUAGCAGUACAUGUGAAAAGGAUCUAGUGGUCUUAGCGGACCACAAGCUUAACAUUGUCGACAGUGUGAUGCAGCAGCCAAAAAAGCUAAUGCUAUUCUUGGCUGCAUCAACGGAAGUCUAGUGUCCAGAUCAAGGGAAGUAAUAGUACCACUCUAUUUUGCCUUGGUCAGACCACAACUGGAAUACCGUGUCCAGUUCUGGGCACCGCAAUUUAAGAAGGAUGUUGACAAGCUGGAACACGUGCAGAGGAGGGCAACCAAGAUGGUCUGGAAGCCAAGCCUUAUGAGGAAUGGUUGUAGGAGCUGGGUAUUUUUAGCUUGGAAAAGAGGAUACUGAGAGGAGAUAUGAUUGUUGUUGUUGUUGUUCAGUCGUUCAGUCAUGUCCAACUCUUCAUGACCCCAUGGACCAGAGCACGCCAGGCACUCCUGUCUUCCACUGCCUCCUGCAGUUUGGUCAAACUCAUGUUAGCAGCUUCGAGAACACUGUCCAACCAUCUCAUCCUCUGCUGUCCCCUUCUCCUUGUGCCCUCCAUCUUUCCCAACAUCAGGGUCUUUUCCAGGGGGAGAUAUGAUAGCCAUCUUCAAAUAUAUUAAGGGCUGUCACGUGGAAGAGGGAGCAAGCUAGUUUCCUCCUUCUCUGGAGGGUAGGACUUAAACCAAUGGCUUCAAGUUACAAGAAAGGAGAUUCUGACUAAAGAUCAGGAAGAUUUCUGACGAUAAGAGUUGUUUUACAGUGGAACGGACUUCAUCGGAAGGUGGUCGACUCUCCUUCCUUGAAAGGUUGGGUGGCCACCUGUCAUGGAUGCUUUAGCUGAGAUUUCUGCAUGACUGGGGUUGGACUAGAUGACCCUUGGGGGGGUACCUUCCAAUUCUGCAAUUUGAAGAUUCCAUAAGCAAUCAGGCAACUUUGAGGUGCUUUGGGCCCAAGUUGUUUAGGGCUUUGUGAAUUACCACAAGACCCUUUCACACUCCCAAUGCCCUUGGAAGAACACUGCCAGUGCCCCACCAAUUGUGGCUAGGUUUCUCCAGCCACUCUGGGCGGCUUCUAGCAGAAUAUAAAACACAAUAAAUCAUACGGACGUGAAGGGUGUCAGUCUGUGUGGAGAGGGGGAUUGGUUGCCCCAGGUCUCAUGUAGGUGUAAAGUUACUCCACUGCUGGAGGUAUGGCUAUGGUUUGAAAGGAAGAACUUUGACCUGGGAUUUCUCCCAAGCCUGGAAAUGAAACCUCUUUUCAGGGAGGCAGUGCAGAUGAGAAGAGCAGAAAGGUUGCAGCUACUGCGGUUUCCUUGAAACUCUAGUAAUCUACUUCAUCCUAAACAUGGUUAUGCUAAUUCCCGAAAGAUAUAACUGUUAAAGUCAGAGUUUACCAGUCUUGAACGAUCGUGUUUACUAUCUCAGCAGAUGUUUUGAAAUUCAAGGUUGCAGUGAUGUGGGAAUCAUUUCGUAGUGAUUCAGAGCUACUGCCAUUUGUCUUUGCCUGCAACCGCAAAUUUAUUUGGCAGUUCACACUCAGCCCUGGGAGUGAACCCUGAGCUACUGGAUUUGUCACAAAUGCACAACAAUUUUGCCGCCUUCUCCAACACCUGUGCAAGAAGCCAAGCUCCGGCACACUAUUUUAUUCCAGAACAUAUGCUGUUAUUGCUAAUUAUCCUUGCAAGGUGCCAGGGCAGUUGCCACCACUCCUGGCCAGGUACAGGGCGGCAGUCCAUGCACGUAGCUUCUCUCUUUUUUUUGAAAAUAAUAUUUAUUACUUUUCCAACAAUUUAAACACUACAAAAACAAUACAAUACAAUACAAAAACACUACAUAACACUAACACAUUAAACUAACAAAACAAAACAAAAACAGUUUAAAACACAUCAAACAAUUUCAGUAUCUUAUCUUUCAUUCACUUAUUUCCACGACCUCCUCACACCUCCCUUUUUGUAUUCCACUUCUGUUAAUUGUUUCAGCAAUUCCUUUCCAUCUUUCUCUGUUUUCUAUCCUAUAAUUAUGUUAACACAUUCUAACCUUAAUUUUCCCUUUAAUUCUCUAUUAAUCUAUUUAUACUUAAUUCCUUAUAACAUUUCUACUAAAGCCAUAUAACUUCAUUCCAACAUUUUUCUAACAUUCAUUAAUUUUACAGUAUUUCUGUAAAUAGUCUUUAAACUUUUUCCAGUCUUCUUCCACCGACUCUUCUCCCUGGUCUCGGAUUCUGCCAGUCAUUUCCGCCAGUUCCAUAUAGUCCAUCAACUUCAUCUGCCAUUCUUCCCGGGUGGGUAAAUCUUGUGUCUUCCAAUACUUCGUGAUGAGUAUUCUUGCUGCUGUUGUUGCAUACAUAAAAAAAAGUUCUAUCCUUCUUUGGCACCAAUUGGCCGACCAUGCCCAGGAGAAAGGCCUCUGGUUUCUUCAGGAAGGUAUAUUUGAAUACCUUUUUCAUUUCGUUAUAAAUCAUCUCCCAGAAUGUCUUAAUCCUUGGGCAUGUCCACCAAAGGUGAAAGAAUGUACCUUCAGUCUCAUUACAUUUCCAGCAUUUAUUGUCGGGCAAAUGGUAAAUUUUUGCAAGCUUGACUGGUGUCAUGUACCACCUAUAAAUCAUUUUCAUUAAAUUUUCUCUUAGGGCAUUACAUGCCGUGAAUUUCAUACCUGUGGUCCAUAACUGUUCCCAGUCGGCCAUCAUUAUGUUAUGUCCAACAUCUGGUGCCCAUUUAAUCAUAGCUGAUUUCACCAUUUCAUCCUGAGUGUUCCAUUUCAACAGCAAGUUUUACAUUCUUGACAAAUUCUUAAUUUUUAGAUCUAACAAUUCUGUUUCCAAUUUUGAUUUUUCCACCUGGAAACCAACUUUUUUGUCCAAAUUGUAUGCCUCCAUUAUUUGAUAAUAAUGGAGCCAAUCUCGCACUUUGUUUUUCAAUUUUUCAAAGCUCUGCAAUUUUAUUCUGUCUCCAUCUUGAUCCAGAAUUUCCCAAUAUUUCGGCCAUUUGGCCUACAUCUUGAGUUUUUCUGUGCCUUCGCUUCCAUUGGUGACAACCAUCUUGGGGUUUUCUUUUCUAACAAAUCCUUAUAUCUUAUCCAAACAUUAAACAAUGCUUUUCUAACAAUAUGAUUUUUAAACGCUUUAUGUGCUUUUACCUUAUCGUACCACAAAUAUGCAUGCCAGCCAAAUGCAUUAUUGAAACCUUCUAAAUCCAACACGUCAGUGUUUUCAAGAAGCAGCCAUUCUCUCAGCCAGCAAAAAGCAGCUGAUUCAUAAUAAAGUUUAAGAUCUGGCAGGGCAAAUCCACCUCUUUCUUUGGCAUCAGUUAAUAUCUUAAAUUUUAUUCGAGGCUUCUUGCCCUGCCAAACAAAUCUGGAAAUAUCUUUCUGCCACUUCUUGAAACAAUCCAUCUUAUCCAAAAUUUGCAAUGUUUGAAACAAAAACAACAUCCUUGGCAACACAUUCAUUUUUAUCACAGCAAUUCGGCCUAACAAUGAUAACUUCAAAUUUGUCCAUAUUUCUAAAUCCUUUUUCACUUCAAUCCAACAUUUUUCAUAAUUAUCCUUAAAUAAAUUCACAUUUUUGACAGUCAUGUUAACCCGUAAAUAUUUCACUUUCUUAACCAAUGUUAGUCCUGUCUCCUCCUGAAACUUCUCUCUCUCAUUCACAGUUAAGUUUUUCUCUAAAACCUUAGUUUUUAUCUUGUUCAACUUAAAACCUGCUACCUGUCCGAAUUCUUGAAUCAGUUCCAAUACCCUUUUGGUACUAGAUUCUGGCUCCUGUAAAGUCAAUACUAAGUCAUCAGCAAAUACUUUCAAUUUGUACUGUUUAGCUCCCACUUGUAUACCUUUAACCUCUUGGUCCUUUCUAAUCAUAUUUAACAAAACCUCAAGGACCGAUAUAAAAAGCAAUGGCAAAAUUGGGCAACCUUGUCGUGUCCCUUUCUCAAUCUUAAACUCUUCUGUCACUACAUUGUUCACAAUUAAUUUUGCCUUUUGUUCUGAAUAAAUUGCACCUAUACCAUUUUCAAAACCUUGACCUACCCCCAUUCCCUGUAGAUUCUUCUUCAUAAAACUCCAAGAAAUGUUGUCAAAGGCUUUCUCUGCAUCCACAAAUAUCAAGACUGCCUUAGUAUUAAUAUUCACUUGUAAUUUUUCUAGAAUAUUAAUUAUAUUUCUCAUGUUGUCAGACAAAUGUCUGCCCGGGAGGAAGCCCGCUUGGUCUUUAUGAAUUUCUUCUACUAACACCUUUUUAAUCUUUUAGCCAAAAUAUCUGCAAAAAUUUUGUAAUCCACAUUAAGCAGCGAUAUAGGGCGGUAGUUCUUGAGCUGUGUCUUUUCAGUCUCUGUUUUCGGUAUAAGUGUAAUGUAAGCUUCCUUCCACGACUCUGGUGCCUUUCUCUCUUCCAAUAUUUCAUUGCAGACUUCCUUCAAUGGUUGUAUUAACCAUUCUUUCAAAGAUCUGUAAUAUCUUGAAGUCAAACCAUCUGGUCCUGGAGAUUUACCUAAUUGCAUGUUCUGGAUGGCCCCUUCCACCUCCUGAUCCGUUAUUUUGUAAUUCAACAUUAGCUGUUUUUCCUGAGAGAUUUUGUGUAGUCCAUUUAUUUUCAAAAAUCGAUCAAUGUCCAUUUCUUUCUGCUUCUGUGUAUAAAGUUGUUUGAAAUACCUCUGAAAACACUUCCUGAUCUCCACUGGAUUCUGUAUAUUCUUUCCUUCCACUUCCAAAUUCGUAAUAGUAUUGAGUUGUUGUCUUUUUUCAUUUGCCAGGCCAACAAUUUUCCACACUUAUUUGCCGAUUCAAAUGUCUUUUGCCUCAUCUGUUUAAUCUUCCAUUCUAUUUCCUGAUUCAUCAGCUUCGUAUAUUGUACUUGGUAUAACUUUAUCUCUUUCAGGAUCUCCUGUGACUUUGGUUUUGCUCUCAAUUUCUUCUCUCCUUCCUUUAUUUUCCCCAGGAUUUUAUCCUUUUUUUCAUUCUGAGUUCUCUUCUUAAUUGCAUUCUGUUGUAUUAGGAAUCCUCUCAUAACCACUUUGCUUGCUUCCCAAAUUACUCUUUUUUCCACUGUAGUAUUCAUGUUUAUCUCGAAAUAAUCUCUUAGAGUUUUUUGGGCCUUCUUGGUCACCUCUUCAUUCCUGAACAAAGUAUCGUUCAUCCUCCAUCUAAAGGAACCAAUUGGCGUCAAUUUCAUUUCCAUCUUCACAGCAUUAUGGUCAGAACAAGUUUUGGGGCAAAUCUCCAUUUUACUGAUCUUCAGAGCCAAUCUCCUGGUUACCCAGAUUUGGUCAAUUCUUGUCCAUGUCAUUUUUGCCUCAGAGAAGAAAGUUCCCUCUCUUCCCAGAGGGUUCUUCAUUCUCCAAAUGUCAACUAAGUCCAUAUUUUCAGUCAUGUCAAAAAAGGUUUUUGGUAGUCUACCAUCUUUGGUGACUACCUGUCUCUGUGCCUUGUCCAUAUUUGUAGACACCACUCCAUUCAUAUCUCCCAUCAACAUCAUAUUAUAGUCCAUAUAAUCCAUCAGAGUCUUGUGUAGCUUCUUAAAGAACUCCGAUUUUCCUUCAUUUGGUGCAUAAAUACCUACAAUCAGGAAUUUCUUUCCUUGUGAUUGAAUUUCAAUUGCAACAAAUCUUCCUUGGUCAUCUUUGAAUAUGCAUUUCGGUGAUAGGCUCUCCUUUGCAUAAAGGACCACUCCUCUUUUUUUAACUUUAUCUGAUGAAAUAAAUUCUUGGCCCAGUCUUUUAUUACUCAAUAUCUUCCUGUGUAGCCUUAUCACAUGUGUUUCUUGUAAACAAAUCAAGUCCAAAUGUUCUUUUUUCAAUAAAUGAAAGACUCUCUGCCUUUUUUCUGGAGAAUUUAAUCCAUUCACAUUCCAGCUCGAAACCUGCAACGCCAUCAUGUAAUUACACUGAUAUUCCUCCAACUGCACCUAAUGCUUGCUCUUCUUUUGUUGGUGGUAGUGGUGACACGUUCACUGGGAGAUCCAAUCCAAAGGAUAAUGCUGAUAUAUCCAAUAUUCCCCUGUUUGGUGAUCUUCUAUCCGAUGCUCCUGGCUCUUUUCCAAGUCCCUUCUGCAGAUCUUCUUCGUAUUUAUGCAAAAACUUUACUUUAUCUUCUACCGAUCUUAUUUUUAUUUUCCUUCCUUUGAAACUGAAGGAUAGACCUUGGGGGAAUUCCCACCUAAAGAUGAUUUUGUUCCUUCUCAGCAGAGCAACAAUAUCUCCGUAGUUAGUCCUAAGAUCCAAAAGAUAUUUCGGGACGUCUUUAAAAAUUUCCACUCUUGACAGUUGUACUUCUAGGUUCUUCUGGUAGUGCCAACCCAAGAUUCUAUCUCUCUCUUCUUUAGUUCGAAGGGUGAUCAAGCAGUCUCUUAUUCUAUUCUUCUCUUUUUUCCCUCCUCUUCCAAGUCUGAAGGCCCUCACAAUUCUAAACUCUUCUUGACCCAAGUCCAAGUCCCAAAAGUCCGCAAAUUCCUGUGUGAGAAAGUCUGUCAAACUUUCCUUCUCCAAUUCAGGUAGGGCUCUGAUCUUCAGAUUCGUCUGUUUUUCUUUAAGUUCAAUCAUAGCAAGCGUCAACUUAUGUUCAUCAAGUUGCCUCUGUAGGGCUGGGACUCUCUCUCUCUCCAGUUGUGUUACUUUACAUUCAGCAGCAACGGCUUUCUCCCUGGCUUCCUCCGCAGUCUGCUGUAUCAAAGUAGAUUCCUGUAUCAAUUUCUGGAUGGUUUCUGUAUUGGUAUUCACCUUUUGUCCCAGAUUAUUUAUGCUUUCUGUAUUUAGGUCGAUUUUAAUAGUUGCAACAUCCACUUUCGCAUUUGUCGCAUCUGUUUUCUUGUUAAGCUGUUCCAGUGAAUCAUUUAUCUUAUUUAAUGCAACCGCUAAGGCCUCUUUUGUCGACAUUCCUCUUGGUUUCGAAUGUACUGGUACAAAAGCAGCAGCAGCAGAAGCAGGGGGGCCUGAUGUUGAGCCUCUCCUGGGUUGGUGCCAAGUCCUCCCAGACGUUAAUGUUUUUUCAGCAGUUGACUGGUCUGUUUUUUCCUUCCCAUUUGCCAUAACACUUAAAAGAUUCAAGGUCAGUCCCAGAGUCUCACAGUUUUUUAUCUUGCAGCUGGAAAUUCCCCUAACCCAGCUCUUGUAAAGCAACCAGUUUCAAAGGCUUCCACUAGGGGGAAACAGUUUCUAUUUAUAUUAGUCAGUAACGUCCUCUUUUAAACACAGUUCAAACAAUCCAAAGUUAGUUUCAGUUUUUCAGUUACUUUUACUCCUUUUUAGAAGCAGCCGGAGACAGUAGAAACAAUGUAUUUCUCUUAUUUAGCUAGCUGUCAAUGAACGUUCUAAACGCUGUCAAUGAACAUUCCAAAAGACGUCAGUCCUGCUAGCAGCCCGUUUCCAGGGUCAGAGCGGCGGUAUUUUAGCUCUCUUCGCUCUCUCCUGCAGGCAUACUCAGUCGACAACUUCCCCCCCUCUUCUCCUGCCUCCAAGGGAGGGUUUAAUGUUCUUUACCGAUGGAAAUUUUGUCUUUUACAAAAGGCUUUCCAAGACUUCAGCUUGCAGCCUCAUUGCUUCAGUCUAUUUACAAAAGGGGAAGGCGGACUUCCUGUAUUGAACCUCCCCGUUACAAUACCAAAUUAAACGUUUAGAAAUCCAAUUCUCUCGCUUCAGCUCUACUCACGGGUAAUUACUUUAAAGUCAAAUUGUCCACAGGAAAAGGUCAGCGCUCUCCGGCAACAGCUAUGCGGCUUCGCUCUGUGGAAGAAGCAGACGAUUCGAAGCACCGCGCCGCUCACCCCACGUCGCUCCGGACCCCCGAAAUCGGGUUUCCCCGCGAGUAGGGGAGGCGCAAAGGGUGACUGCCGAAUCCCACGCUCACAGGCUUCUCCCGCCUGUGAUUUUUUGUGGGUCUCCGCCUUCGCCGUGGUGGCCAGACCCAGAUUCCCACGGGGCAAAUUCCUCCUGAUCAGAGGAAUUCCACCAUUACCGGAGGCACCAACCCGGAAGUCCAUGCACGUAGCUUCUCUCUGGGAGAUUGUCAAAAGAGAUUAAAACUUUUGCACUGUGUUUUCAUUUCUUGCGCAGGCUGUGGGCUAGGCAGAAUCUAGAGCAGGCAUGGGGAAAUGGUUCAUCAGGCAACCAUGUGCUGCUCAUGCAGCAAUUCCCAGUGAUUAGCCCCAUGCACAGUACUCUAUACAAGCCCCAGCAAGACUCAUGCUCUAUCAUAGUGAGUUCAUAUAUUGUUCAGUUGUAGGGCCAGGGCAUUUAGCAUGGCCAGAACAACCUUGUGAGCCAAAUGUGGAAGCCUGCAACCUUAAUUAGGCCGGUUCUGCUGAUUUCAAGGUUAUGUGUACCUAGAAUAUGCUAGGCUCGGCGAUCUAUCAGUGCAGGGCAGCAAGGUUGUGGAUUGAACCUCAAAACCAUUUACCACUGAAGAAGAGUUUGGAUUUGAUAUCCCGCUUUAUCACUACCCUAAGGAGUCUCAAAGCAGCUAACAUUCUCCUUUCCCUUCCUCCCCCACAACAAACACUCUGUGAGGUGAGUGGGGCUGAGAGACUUCAGAGAAGUGUGACUGGCCCAAGGUCACCCGCAGCUGCAUGUGGGGGAGCAGAGAUGCGAACCCGGUUCACCAGAUUACGAGUCUACUGCUCUUAACUACUACACCACACUGGCCCUGGGAGCCACACUGGGCCAUAGGAGCGAAAACUCAGGCUUUUUAUAGAAUUUAUUUUAUGUUGUCUCUGCUGAUAUGACUUUGAUACUUCAUUAUGUUUGACUUGAGUGAGGUUACAGGGAACCAGGCAGAGGGCCUUCUCAGUAGUGGCGCCCGCCCUGUGGAACACCCUCCCAUCAGAUGUCAAGGGAAUAAACAACUAUCCGACUUUUAGAAGAUAUCUGAAGGCAGCCCUGUUUAGGGAAGUUUUUAAUGUUUGAAGUUUUAUUCUGGUUUUAAUGUUCUGUUGAAAGCUGCCCAGAGUGGCUGGGGAAACCCAGCCAGAUAGGCAGAGUAGAAAUAAAUUAUUAUUACUAUUAUUAUUAUUAUUAUUAUUAUUAUUAUUAUUAUUUCACAUGCAGUUGGCAGAGUUUGGCUUGCAUUCUCCAUCAAUUAGAAGAUUUCUGUGUUGAAAUAAAAAAAAAGAUGUCUGAAGGAUAUGUUUGUGAAUUGUACAUAUACUUUUUAGAGAUAUAUGUACUAUAUAUGCUUUUUAUGGUUAGUCUGCUGGCUUGCUGACAUUUCAUUUUUGGCUGAAAUUAAUUUCUCCUUUAUAUAGCUCUCUCUCACACACACCCCUUAAAACCUAUUGGAUAAGAGUUUGACUGGAAAGCUAAAUGGUAUGUUUGGAAUGGGAUGUGAGUUUUAUGUACAUUAGUAUCUUGAGAAUUCUUCAUGGUAAUUAUUAUGAUAUAGUAGCAUCUAUAUACAAAGAACAGGUGUGUCUAGAUCCUGCCCUGAAGGGGCCUACAAUCUAAAAGAGGUGCAGGGAAACCACAGAGAAAGGCAGCAACAGAGGGCAAUGAAAGCGGGAGAUGAAUAUGUACUUAACUUCUGUGAUGGACAGACCUUGGGUCAUCUUCCUGCAGACCCAGAAGAGACUGAGUGAAGUGUCAGCCAAUCAGGAGGGAGAGAAAAGUUAAGAGAGAGAACCUGUUAGCAAAUCUGACAGAUAAGGCUUGGUUGAAGCCUAGACUUGCAUGUUGCCCUGAGAGAUACUGCUGGUCUCUUAUGGUUAUAGGACUGAGAGAAGGCCUUGGACUCAGAUUCUCCUUCCUUCUCCUCUCUUCAGGGUCACAAAGUUCCCUCCCAGCCUUUCAACAAUAGAUUAUUGUUUCUUCUGUGCCCUGGCAUUCACCAUGGUUAAAGCUAAUGAGGUUUCUCACUGCAAAUAACCAGAGCUUGAGCUGAUUUGCAAACUAUGGUUAACAAGGCGAUUCUGGUUUCUGCUAACCAUCGAAUAGUGUGCCAGUAGAUGUCUUGCCUUCAAGAAUUAGACUCAUCCCCCCCCCCUUUGGAAAAUAAGCUAUGAGAAGCAUCCGACAUUGAAGUGUGCUCUCCUGCCAUGUUCUCCGACCCAGGUCUCCUGCAGAAAGAGAAGCUGGCCAUUGAAGCUCUGCGGGUUUGCUGUCUCCUCCUUCCGCCAGCGAACCGCCGAAAGCUGCAGCUGCUGAUGACUCUGUUGGCCAGGAUUGGCUCGAAUAAAGAUCUGCCGCCCCUCUCAGAUACAGUCGGGACGAGAACGCUGGUGAGCGUCUUCUGGGAACUGAGAGACCGAGCUGGGCUUGCAAAAUCUUCCUGGAAUUGCUUUGGGGGAAAGACUCUCCUUAGUUACCAAAAAGAAAGCAGCAAAGUAUUUAACCGAGGGUGUGGCGUGGAAGUUCUCCCUUUCUCUGCCUGUGUAACAUGAAUCACCAGGUUGCAACUUGCAGCAGACGCUGUGUGUUUGAUAGAGCUGACAAGAGUUAGCAGCUAUGGGUUCUCCCACCCAGUUCCCAUCGCUGCCCUUUCGUCUGUCUGUCUCUCUCCCCACGCAUUUCCUGCUGCACAGCAUCAGUCAUACUGUGUGCUGCAAGGAGCGGGAGCUGAUAGGGAAGGGCAGGACAGGGGGAGGAAUCUCUCCUCCAGUUUUGUUGGGGCUCAUUCUCAGGUUGCUGCCUGGCUUUCACCUUGCCUUCUCUAGGAAACCUCUCCCCUCCCCCUCCCCAGUGGCAGCUUCUGUCUUGUUCAGCUGUUGACAGUUCUGGAAGCAGGUCUUCAAUGGCACUAGCACUGAACCAAAGUGCUCAGCCAUCUUUGAGGGUGGAUGGGACCAGGAAGCCCAGGGGUCAGCAGGUGUUUGAUGGGGAUUCGCUGAUAGAUAUCUGGCUCAUGUACAGUAGGUAGACAAAAGUGUCUCAAAUAGCUUUUUUAAAAAAUGACUCCCCUAAUGCAGAUUAGGCGGCUGAAAUGAAGAAAACUUGGAGGUGGCCAGGAAUGUUGUUGGGCGUCAAAGGUCUGUGAGCUGAGGUUGGUCCUGAAAGUUGAAACAAAUCCCUGGGCUCAGCAGCUGCUCAGAGGCACCCUGCUGUUUAAUUCAAUGUGUACAUCUUUUGCACCUGGGUCCUGUUGGUGGAUUUGGGGGGUUCUAGUCAAGCACAAAGUACCUCCUGAAAAUCUGAAGUCUGUGCUCCCCUGUUGCAAGCCACUUUGAGAGUGUUUGGUAUGGCAAGAAUGGGGAAGACCCAUGAAUAAGAAAGUGUUGUUGUGAUAACCAGUCUUCUUUGUUUCAGAUGGUUCAGUCCUUUUCUCGCUGUAUUCUUUGCUCCAAGGAUGAUGUGGACUUGGAUGAACUUCUGGCUGCUAAACUGGUGUCAUUCUUGAUGGACAAAUCUCAAGAGAUCUUAAGCGUACCUUGUGCCCUGAAAGCUAAAAUAGAGGAGCAUGUAGCACAUCUCCAAAGGGUCCAGGUGAGAGCUAUAGAACAUAAAUGUCUUCUCCCCAACUCAGUUCUUUAUUACCUUCUUAAAACCAAACCAGUUCUUCUCAUGCAACAAAUAAAGUGACACGUAGCUAUAAUCCAAUAAGCAUUUAUCAGGGAGUAAGCACCACUGAAUUGAGUGGGUCUUAUUUCUGAGCAUUUGUACUGUUAAGGUUGCUGUUCUAGAAUUGCUACAUUUCUUGUUUGUUUUGUCCAUAUUUUCCAUUGCCAGACUUUGGCCAUUAAUGCCUGUGAGCCUCUUGACCAUCUGUGGGCAGCAGGCAGCUCUUUCAGGCCUUUCUUAUAGCCUGCUGCAGAUUGCCCAACCAGGGCUCCACUAUCAAAAUAACUCCAUACUAGCAUUCUUGUUCCCCAUGGCCUGCCAAACAGCUGGGGGCAGGGGGAAAGGAUGAAGGAAUCAUAUUUGCAAGGGACAGCAGAGGCACGUGAUGGCAUAACUAAGAUUCCAUCCUACACCUUCCAGUUGCCCAGCUGAUUUGGUAAUGGGAACAACCAGCAGGGCUUGUGCUCCCUCAUGCUUCUUGGUUGCUUCCAGUUCAGUCAGUUGGAUGUGGGGUAGGAGGUAGGGUACAAGGUUGGACGAGGAGGAAGGGCACAUGUGUGACAGUGUGCAGGGAAAAGGCUGUGUGUGAAAGAGAACUGGACCAGGAGUGGAGACCCCACCUACCAGUGACACAUUUAAAAUGCCAUAGAAUGUUAAUCAUCCCAAGGCCUGGUUGAAUGAAGGCACCAGGCGUCCCUGAGGAGAGCAUUCCAUGAACUGGGAGCCACCACAGAAAAGGCCCAUUCUCAUUUUGCUGCCCUCCAUACCUCUUGUGGGAGAGGCACAUGAAGAAGGGCCUCAGAUGAUGAUGGCAGGGUCCACCCCUCUCCUCAUGUUCCCACAACACAAGCGACCCAUGCAGGGCUCCCUUUCCCCUGCCCUCGAGUGUGCCCAGAGGAGGGGAACCAGGACAGAACCAAGUUUUGAGAGGAUCAGUUGAAAAAUUUGGGCCUGUUUAGCUUAGAGAAAAGAAGGCAAAGGGGAGACACAAUAGCAGUCUUAAAAUAUCAGAAGGGCAGCCUCGCAGAAGAUGGCGGAGGCAUGUUCUCUGUUGCUCCAGACAAGAACCAGUGCAUAGAAGUUGGCAGGGAAGCAGGUGCCAGCGCCAACACUAAUAGCGGAAACUGCUUUAACAGUGGAACAGACUGGCUUCGGAGGGGUGGUGGUGCACUCUCCUUUUCUGGAGGUGUUUAAGCAGAGGUCGGCUGGCCGUCUGCCAGGGAUGCAGUAGCUGCAUCCUGUGUUGUGGAUCCGGAAUUGACCACGAAGUUGCACUGGAUGGGGAGCCUCCAGCCUGCAGGCCAGUCAUGGUGUCAUAGGCUGGCUGGCUGCAGAGGAGUGGAAGGAGGCACCAGCUUUGUUGGUGGGAUGACAAUGAGGGAGCAGACUGGGAGGAGGAGGUGUCGGAAGCAGAAGAGGUAACGGUUUAGUGAGCAGGGAGAGGCUGUGGCAGAGAGCAGUUUAGACUCCCAGGCUGAAGCAGAGGCUGGGAAGGAGUGGAGUCAGGCUGCUGAAGAAUCCAAGGUGCGACCCCUAAAAAGACAGAAAUGAAAAGAGCAGAACAGAGAUUGGUUGUGCACCAACACAUUUUACGAUUGCUUGGAAAACACCCCGGAGAGGAGGAGCCUUAGAAAGGGGUGGGGUAGUGGGGACCUUCAGUCUUCAUAACUGCCUCAUUGCGGCAAGUCCUAUUGGGAAGUCCCUGGAAUCACUAGGCCUGAGCUGUUUUGGAUUAUUUGAAUAAAUAGUUAACUUUGUUUUUUAAAAAAUAUUUUUAAAUAUUUUAAUAAAUAGUUAACCUUGUUUUUUAUUGCUGACUUACGCUUGACUCAGGCUCCUGACACUUGGCGGCCCACCAGCCUUCCCCGUUUGGGGCUGCAAGGCCGUUUGGUGCCAAACAUAGCCACUCACCCCUUCACCUGACAUCACACAGGUGAAAGCUGGGCUUGCCCAAGGUCUGAUCUGUGCAGCUCCCAAAGCACCCGGCAGCCAGCUGGUUGUUAGGAGCCUCGGAAGCACCACACAAAGCAGGAACCCAGUGGUAAGCAGGAUCACAGCGGGUGGCACUGUGGUCUAAACCACUGAUCUUCUUGGGUUUGCCGAUCGGAAGGUCAGUGGUUAGAAUCCACACAACGGAGUGAGCUCCCGUUGCUCUGUCCCAGCUCCUGCUAACCUAGCAGUUCGAAAGCACGCCAGUGCAAGUAGAUUAAUCACUGUGGCUGGAAGGUAAACGGCGUUUCCGUGUGCUCUGGCUUCCGUCAUGGUGUUCUGUUGCGCCAGAAGCGGUUUAGUCAUGCUGGCCACAUGACCUGGAAAGUUGUCUGUGGACAAACGCCGGUUCCCUUGGCCUGAAAGAGAGAUGAGCGCCGCAACCCCAUAGCCACCUUCGACUGGACUUAACUGUCCAGGGGUCCUUUACCUUUCUACCUUUACUUACUCUCCUUUCACCUCAGCUGAACUUGCUUAGCGCUGGGCCUUGACUUAUUUAUCUUGUGCCCAUCAAGUGGUGGGAAGAUGGAGGAAACAACUGCUUUGCCAGCCCUCUACUGGAAAUUCCCAUGCAAGGAAUUUUGACAGGUGGGUGGCAGUGCUUACCUGUCAACUUUGGCCCACAGGGCUGAUCCAUAGAGCCAAAAAGUUCUCCCAUCCCGGUCCUGGACCUUGGAAGCGCCUUUCUAAUCCUUUAAUCCUUUGGCAUCACCUGCAACACAAGAUGAAAAUAACUCAUCCAGUGGCAUCUACCCGCAAGCCAAGAUGCAAAUGUCUUUCUCACACAAUUUAUUUUUUACUAUUACUCCUGCAUUUGUGUGCUGCUUUUCAACCGUAUCCCCAAAGCGGCUUUCAACAUCCGUUCUGAAAAGCUAAGAUGAAAGGCGCAGUUAAUAAAACGCAGCACAAAAGACGAGGCGAUUUCUAAAACGAGCGUAGGUCCUUGUGGAGAGAGGCCUGGCAAAAUAAAAAUAAUUCGCUGCUCCUACAUCUCUCUUGCAAGAGGGAAUUUGACAAGCAAGCGAUAGCACCUAAAGGUCCUGCAGUGGUGGUUGUGUAUAUCUCCUGAUCUCAAAUCAUAACCAUCGAGAGAGGCGUGCACAAAAGAUUUUAUCCUGGGAUACCAAAAUUUAAGCUCCUUUUCUCAGCAUACCUCCCACCUGUUCUAACACAGAUAAAAUAUCCAGGAGCUGAUGCAGAUUCGACCUUGCCUGCACCGUCGUUUUGUCAUCAGAUCAGCGCAGAUGAGUUUGAACACCAAAGAACAAAUGGCUGCCAAGAACCCUUGGUAGGUUUGUUGGAAGAAAUUGUGAUGAAUCGGGAGAUGUCCAUCAAGGAGAAGAAGAAAAAGUUGAAGCAGGUAAAAUAAAUGGCCAAAAUUUCUCUUUUAAAGCUUUCCUCUUCACAUUGUUCCCCACCCCCAAAAAUGGAUUUUGAUGUGAUAUUUACUCUUAUCUAUCAUGGGGAAUGGUAAAUAGUCGUCUUCCGGUCUUCGUUUCUUCCUCUGUCCCUUCUAUCUCUCGCCUUUGAAUCUGCUUGUGUUGGUUGUGAUCCUGUAAACUCACUGGAAGAUUUUCAUGGCAUGAGAACAUCUGCAAAUAUUUGUGUGACAAGAGCAUAUGUAUUGCAUAUGUAAAUAUUCUCACCAGUGCUACAGAAAAAAAACCUUGAUGUUUGUAAAGGGAAACAUUUACAAAGCAGGGGUGGUUUAGGGACCAGGGAUCCCCACCCCUGCUCUCUUUACAUGAGACCAGGAUCCUGGUCCUGGCAGGUUUCCCAGUCAUUUUUCAAGCACCUCACCCCCACAACAAACACAGCUCUGUAUGUGUGUGGGCCCUGUACGGAAUUUAGAAUUGUUUCUAAAAUCACUUAUUUAUUCCAUUUAUAUCCCAUCUUUUUCCUCCAAGAAGCUCAGGGUAGCAUACAUGCUUUUCACAACAACCUCUGAGGUAGGAUAGACUGUGACUGGCCCAAGGUCACCCAGUGAACUUUAUGGCUGAAUUGGAACUGGAACUCUGGUCUUUCAGGCACGGACAGGAAUUUUUCUGGCAGGAGAAGGCAGGCUAAUUUCUCCCUCACACACAGAUGAGAAGAAUAUGUACAUUUUGUCUCAUAUCUCAGCUCCUCAAGUGCUAGUUCUUCCGGUCUGGGUUUGCCUCCUCCUUUUUGGAUGCUUAUGCAUUGCAGGGCUUGGACUAAGACGAUCAGCUAUACAAUUCUGUGACUUUGUUCUCCCAGUCUGACACGCCUAAGUACUACACCAUGCUAAUUAAUGCAUGUAGUUUUAUAUCCAUAAUUAAAAUACAUCAUAAACAGGGCUAUUAAAACAGUGUUACAGUUGCAGCAACAGUAAAAGCAGGAGGUUCAAUUCAGGAGAUUAGGAGGAGGAUAGGUAUGUCUUCAAGAGUUGGUGGAAUUUCAAUACCAAAGUGGUGUGCUCUAUUUUAGCAGGGAUAACAUUUCACAACACUGGUGCCACCAACAGAAAAAAAACCUGCUUCUGUGUCCUCAUAUGCCUGAUAGCCUUCAGGAUGUGGCAAAACCAACUGGGUUCCAUUUGUUAACCAUAAUACCCUUUCUAGACAUAAUAGGCCUCCUGGUUCACAUGACAGUAUGGGAUGUCAUUAUUGUAAGGUCCCUAAAUAUAGGCUUGCUUAGCAGAAAUGUUAUACCAAUUUAUGGUUUAAAUGCAGUUUGUGUGGUGUUAAAUAACACACCGUACUUUCAUGGCUGAGACGUUAUCAGUUACAAACUUGAGGGUAGUGAAAAUGGGGAACUUCUCUAGAAUGAGGCAGUUUAAAAAUGGUUUAAUUCCCCUUUUAGGGCUCACAGCCCUCAGAAGGCAGCUUACAGGACUUGAAAAUACAGGUGGGAGCCGGAAAGGGUCCACCACCUUUUGUGUGGGACAAGGGUUAAGAUGCCCCUCUGAUAGUAUUUUUCUUUUCUUAUGCUUUUUCUCUUUGUUUUCUUUCUUUCUUUUAUAUUUUAGUGUGUUUUGUUUUCUCUUCUAUUUUUAUUUAGAUUAGUUUGGCUUUUAUUGUAUUGUACAUUGAAAAGUUUCACAUUGAAUUUUUUAAAAAAAGAAAAUACAGUUACAACACACACACACACUGAAAAAUAAACAGCUAAAUGUAUUUCUGAGUACAAACUAUUUAGCCAAAUGCAGACUUGAAUAAACAUGUUUUAAAGGUUGGCUGUUUGUUUUUUUAAAAAAGAGACCAGCAAUGGUGAGGCCACACACCCCUCCCUGGGGAAGGAGUUCAAAGGGUGUUGCCAUUGAGAAAUCCCUAUAAGCUCUUGCUGGAGGCCCAGAGAGGAGGCUUUCAGAUGCUUGGGCCAGCUCAUACAGGUGUACCGGUCCUUCAGAUAACACCCCCCAGAUGUUAUCAUUUUAAAGUCAGCACUUUAAAAUGGGGGGAAAUGGGUGACCAAGUUAACCAGCACACAAGAGGUGAGAUAAGAUAAGUAUGCCCAACUUUUACAAAGGUUCCCACUACCACAUUGCUCCGCAGUUUCAGUUUCCAAAUCCUCUGCAAGAGCAGCUUCAGGCACACAUAGUAUUACUGUAAUCUAAGAUGGAUUUAACCAGGGGGUGGAUCACAGUGGCUAGGACUGUUUUUCCGAAACUGGGCUGCACUACUGACCUAGCCCUUGCUGGUCAAAAGCACUCUUGGCAAGCAACGCCACCUGCAGCUCUCUUGUACCUAUUCACAGACUGUAGUGUCAUCCCAUCAUAAUCAGAUUCAAAUCUCCAUGCAGAUUAGCAGAUUUCCCCAGCUGCAGUACUUUCCUCUUAUCUGGAUACAGAUCCAGCUUUUCGAGUCCUCUUCCAUCUCAGUACUGCCCCCAGAUGGCUCAAGGUCUCACCUGCCUCCCUAGAAUUAAAUGAUGGAAUAACUGCAUGCCAUCUGUAUAUUGAUGAAGCCUCAGCCCAAACCUCUAAAUGACUUCUCCCAGCAGCUUUCUGUAGAUGUUGAAAGGCAAGAGGGGACAAGAUGGGACUCCAGAUGUUAGUGAGCAAAGAGUGGAACAAAAGUCUCCCAGCACAGCACUGUUAUGCAGUUAAGUUCCUCUUCCAUAAUGUUUGGCCAAGAGAUGAACGCAUUCCCCAUCCCCCGUUGUAGUCAGAGACUGGACAUGUUCUGCUUGAAUAAGCAAGUCACUUUCAAAUGGCCCGAAUAAAUUCAUUAGCUAAUCUUUGCAUGCUUCCUUUCUAGUUUCAGAAAUCCUAUCCUGAGGUGUACAAGGAGCGAUUUCCUACUCCUGAAAGUGAAGCGGUUCUGUUUCCAGAAAAAAGCAAGCAGAGACCAAUGCUGUUGGGGUGGGCAUUUAAAAAGCCUUUCCAGCCUUUUCAAAGAACAAGAAGCUUACGGAUGUAAGACUCUGAAUGAACUGCAUCUCAUUAAUGACCAGGUUUGUGAAUCUGGUACAGCUGGAAUUUCGUUGACUACUGAAAUCACACUGAACGAGGGAAAAGAAUUCUGGGCAGCAAACUGCUGUGCUGAGCCAUUAUCAGUAUUUUCUUUUGUAAAUCUACUCAGUUGGAGCCAGACUUAGCUAUGCUUAAAGUCGACCCAUGGAAAACAAGGGGACAAAUUAGUCAUGAUUUCAAUAGGCCUAUGGUAAUGACUAAAGUCUGGAUCCAAGCCUUUGUGUUUCUUUCUUUUUUUAAACAAUGAGCUGGUUUGAUGAUCAUAUCUCAACAACAUAAGAUCGGAACAAGCUUUUUAUCUGUGUAUGCUGUCCCUUUGGCUCCUCCCUUCAAACGAGCUAUAACCAAACAAGGAAGCCUAAUUAACCAUAGUUUUCUAUUUUAUCUGAACUGGGGGGCUGUGGAACUUUGGAAGAGGCUGGGAUCUUAAACCAGGGUUUGAAGUUCGCUCAAUAUCUUGGCUAUUUUCAAUUAUGGUUAAUUAAAGACUCCCUGCUUUAAUGACACAAAGGGGGAAGAGUGAAGGGGUUGUGUUCAUGGGAUAAAUGCUCAUUUAUAUAUCAGUUACUACUUGGAGUGAACUGGUUGACAUGACACUAAGCCAAACCAUGCCUUAGCAUGAGCUCAUGUGCCUGAGGGUUCCUGGAGAGAAAACUGACCACUGUCCUUCACUGGUGCUGCUGCCUCUCUGAGCAUGCCAUGAUUUAGCGUGUCAUCUGAACCCAGGUUCAUGGUUUGUCUCUAGGCAAACCAUGAGCUGGAAACUUAAGAAGAAGCGUUGAGUGGUUUGCCUGGAGUGCAGUGGCAGCAAUCUCUCUGGAAACCUUCAUGCUUACUUUGGAAAGCCUUAAAAGAAGCUUAAACUACUGUGUAUAUAGGCAAUGUCGAAUUUCUGAAGGGUGUAAAGUACUGUAAUUACUUGAAUGAACCUGAAACACUGGAUAAUUGUACUAGCUGUAGAUCAGGUAGUUAAUUAAACUUUGUACUAUUGAUUUCAACAACAGGCUUGUGUUCUUGGUCACAGGCAUGAUGAAGAACAGCCAUUUCAGAAAGGGACCUUGAGGUGCAGGAUCAUGCCUUCAGGUGCUCUGCAUGUGAUCUCAAUUGUAGAGCUAGGCCAACCAUGGAGAAAUAUUUUGGUCUUAGUUGGGGGGGGGGCAGCGAGCGUUGUGGUGCCCCCUGCCUCUUGCUUGUGCAGCUACUGGUGGUUUUUUGCCACAGUCUGGAAAGUUUGCCUCCAUUGCUUUCUACAGUUUUUGUCUCACGAACUCCUGCGUUCUUUCUCGCCCAUGUAGGGCUUGUGUGGGUGCUGUCCUUGGGGAGAAGCUGGCCACACACUUGAAACAAUCCUAUUGCUACAGAGACACCCCUUCCAGUUUGUACCAUUUGGUGCAGAAAACCCAACAGGAGCAUAUCAUGAUUGAUGAAUGGGUUCCAGCUCCUCUAAGCUGGUAUUCCUAACAUAAAGACAUGCAGGUUUUAUCCUGCUUCCACUCCUCCAAGGUGCUCAGGCCCACAAACUUGUGUCAUCUCUCCCCCCCCCAACCCUUUAUCAUUGCAACAGCCCUGUGAGGUAGGUUAGGCUGAGAGAGAGAGAGAGAGAGAGAGAACACACGCAAGCAAUAGGUCCAAGGUCACCUAAUGAGUUUCAUGGUUGAGCACUAACUUGAAUGUGGAUCCUUCAGCUCUGUCUCUGUGUGUUCAUACUGUAAAUGUAACACUUUUGAAUGUACCCCCAAGAUGCUGCACUUCUGAAACAUUUCAAGGAAUAAAUCUUCCAUGGUUUAAAGGG